AUGAAACUCUCCCUCACCCUGGCAGCCACCUCGGCUCUUCUCCAGAGUGUGGCCAGCUCCAACCUCAACAACUUCAACCUCCAAAAUGCCCUGCAGUCCGUCUUGAGCGCAUCUCCGCACUUCUCCUCCUCCUCCUCCCCCUCCCCUCCAAACAUUCUCCUCGUCAUCACCGACGAUCAAGACUUGCAGCUGGACUCAAUCGACUACACUCCUCACAUCACCCGCCAUAUUCGCGACCAAGGCACCUUCUAUCGCAAUCACUUCGUCACCACCGCUCUUUGUUGCCCCUCACGCGUCAGUCUGUGGACCGGGCGCCAGGCUCACAAUACCAAUGUGACUGAUGUUCACCCCCCGUAUGGCGGAUAUCCCAAGUUUGUGGACCGGGGCUUCAACGAGAAUUUCCUCCCCGUCUGGCUGCAACAAGCCGGCUAUGAUACCUAUUACACCGGCAAACUUUUCAAUGCCCACACCGUCGACAACUACCACAGCCCCUAUGUCAAUGGUUUCAAUGGCUCCGACUUUCUCCUCGACCCUUACACCUACUCUUACCUCAACUCCACCUACCAGCGCAACCAAGAUGCCCCCGUGAGUUAUGAGGGAUACCACACCACGGACGUGAUCACAAAAAAAGCCUUGGGCUUUCUCGAUGACGCUCUCGAGGGGGAAAGACCUUUCUUCCUCACCGUCGCUCCCGUCGCCCCGCAUUCCGACGUGAACCCGGGGAGAGCCCUGGCCGGAGAAAUCCCCAUCAUGACGGCCCCCAUCCCACUCGAGCGACACGAGCAUCUCUUCAAGGAUGUCAAAGUGCCUCGGAACAAGAACUUCAAUCCCGAUGAACCCAGUGGUGUGAGCUGGGUUAGAGACCUGUCUCAGCAGAAUCAGACGGUCGUGGAUUACAACGACCACUUCUACCGCUCGCGUCUUCGCGCUCUGCAAGGUGUGGAUGAAUUGGUGGAUGCACUCGUCUCACGCGUCGAACAGAGUGAGAAACUGGAUAAUACCUAUAUUAUCUACACCUCCGACAAUGGAUUCCAUAUUGGUCAACACCGGUUGCCGCCCGGGAAGACCUGUGGUUUUGAAGAGGAUAUCCGGGUGCCGCUUUUCAUUUGGGGGCCUGGAAUUCCAGAGGGUGGAGUCGAGGAUUCGGUGACGACACAUAUUGACCUGGCUCCGACGAUCUUUGAGUUGGCGGGAAUUCCGGCCCGCGAGGACUUCGAUGGAACGGCUAUUCCGGUCACGGAUGGAUUCUCGGGUACGCGACAUGAACAUGUUACGGUGGAGUAUUGGGGGAGAGCAGUUGUAGAGGGGGAUUACAGUGCAAUUGGUCCCAAUGGUCUACCGCAGUUCCCUAACAACACCUACAAAUCGGUACGCCUGCUCGGAGAAGGCUACAACUUCUACUACUCGGUCUGGUGCAGCAAUGAGCAUGAACUUUACGAUCUAUCGACCGAUCCGUAUCAACUACACAACCUCUACCCGAGUACAACCCCGAUAGCAACAGAAGAGCCCCAAAUACUGGGUCGCAGUCUUUCGCAGGUCAUCAGUCGACUGGAUGCACUCCUUCUGGUGCUCAAAUCGUGCCAGGGAAUUACAUGUAUCAAGCCAUGGGAUGUCCUGCAGCCAAACGGCUCUGUGAGCAGCCUGCGGGAAGCUCUGGACGAAGGAUAUGAUGCUUUCUAUGGGGAGCAGCCAGGUGUAUCCUUUGACUGGUGCGCUGAUGGCUACAUUAUCGCUGCUGAAGGUGCGCAGGUGCCAUUGACGACUCGUUAUGGACUGCCGUGGGAUGCGUGGGUGUAG